UCCUUUAAUGGAUUGCUUCCAAUGAAGGCAGUAGUGGGGUCCUACAUUGGCUUAGGUGUGUUAAAAAACUACAACACGGUUCCCUUUCACUGUCACUGCAUUGAACUCUUUGAUGAACUAAGUAGAGAUCCUUAUGCUCAUUCAUUUUUCAUUAUCUUAGGUCACUGCCAUGUAGGUUUUUGGUGUCACUUUUAUGAGGUCACAGCUGGAUUCCAGAAGUGCCCUGGAUUCUUAGAAUACUGUCCCUUCAACCGGCACACUCUUUGUCAGAUCCAGUCACCUUGUAGGGCAAGGAAAAACUGGUGACCUCUCCUAUUCCCUGCCUCUCACCAUCACGGCCCUUCCAAAGCAAGACCAAAGGAAAUUUGCUUGUGCCCCACUGGGUCCUGUUCUCCCUUGCACAACACUGCCUCAAGCGUCUCAUGUCCUUGAGACUUCUCUGGUGGAAUUAUUUGGGAUUCUAUUUCUCCCUGGAAAGCUCAUCACUUGUCCUCUCAAGAUCGUAGGCUGAGAAUUAGCCUGUUGUCUUGUUAUGUACACAGGUAUUCUGUACUGCUAAUAGGGAACAGGAGUGAUCCCUUUUGGUGUCCUCAUACUGCCAAAAAACCAAGCUGCUCUGCGUAUCAGUUGUCCUCACAGUAGCUGCUGCUGCCCCCAUUUUUCUGCCACCUUGUUCUUGACACCCAGCUGAAGCAAGCAGAGGCCCUAUCUUCUGCUGGAAAUCUUCCCUUAGACUUGUUUUUCCCGCACCCUCCCUGCUGCCCAAUUCUCCACAUUUUGAACAUGGCCUCAGAAGCAGUGAAGGUGAUUGUACGCUGCCGCCCUCUCAAUGAGCGUGAAAAACAGCUUGGCUGCAAGGUGGUGGUCAGUGUGGACAGUGCCCGUAGCCAGUGCUCAAUUCAGAAUCCUGCUGCCACAGAUGACCCACCCAAGCAGUUCACCUUUGAUGGGGCCUAUUACAUGAACCAGAAUACAGAAGAUAUCUACAAUGAAAUUGCCUACCCACUGAUAGAGGGUAUUACUGAAGGCUACAAUGGUACUAUCUUUGCCUAUGGGCAGACAGGCAGUGGGAAAUCUUUUACCAUGCAAGGAGUUGUGGAUCCAUCUUCCCAGAAGGGCAUUAUUCCCAGAGCCUUUGAACACUUAUUUGAGAGUGUGCAGUGUGCAGAAAACUCCAAGUUCCUGGUGAGGGCCUCUUACCUGGAGAUCUAUAACGAAGACAUCAGAGACCUCCUUGGUCCAAACACCAAACAGAAACUAGAGCUGAAGGAACACCCAGAGAAAGGGGUUUAUGUGAAGGGCCUCUCUCUGCACACAGUGCACAGCAUUGCUGAGUGUGAACGCGUCAUGGAAACAGGCUGGAGAAACCGAGCUGUGGGCUACACACUGAUGAACAAGGAUUCCUCCCGAUCUCACUCUGUCUUCACCAUCCACAUGGAGAUCUGUGUCACAGAUGAGAGAGGCCAAGAUCACUUGAGAGCUGCAAAACUCAACUUGGUGGACCUGGCUGGGAGUGAGCGGCAAUCCAAAACUGGAGCUGUUGGGGAGCGCCUCAAAGAGGCCACCAAAAUCAACCUGUCUCUGUCUGCUCUGGGCAACGUCAUCUCAGCCUUGGCAGAUGGAAGAUGCAGACAUGUCCCCUACCGAGACUCCAAACUCACCCGGGUGCUGCAGGACUCACUUGGUGGCAACACGAAGACACUCAUGGUGGCCUGCCUGUCUCCUGCAGACAACAAUUAUGAUGAGAGUCUCAGCACCCUACGCUAUGCCCACCGAGCCAAGAACAUCCAGAACAAGCCUCGCGUCAAUGAAGACCCCAAGGAUGCUCUGCUGAGGGAAUACCAGGAGGAAAUCAAAAAGCUCAAAGCUAUUCUGGCACAGCAGAUGAGCAUGAACGUGUCUCCACUAUUACUUUCUGAGCCUACUCAGCCUGAAGUGAAGCCAGAACCUCCUCCUGAAUCCCAAGCAGCUACUGAGAAAGAAAAACAGCUGAUUCGAGAAGAGUAUGAGGAGAGGCUGGCUCAGCUGAAGGCUGAUUAUGAAGCUGAACAAGAGUCUCGGGUCCGGCUUGAGGAGGACAUCAGUGCCUUGAGGAAUGCAUACGACCAGAAAUUCCACACUUUGGAGGAGAAGCUCAGGAAAGGAGGAGAAACCACCCAGCCUCCGGAAGCCAUUGCUGACCAAACUCCUUCGCCUGCAGGCCCUGCUGCAAAAACUGAAGUGCCAGCCAAGGAGUCUGACACAGCUGAACAUCCUGCCCCUGCUGUGACCCAACAAGUGGAAAAAACAAUCAGACCAGGAACACCAGGGACCGAUGCAGCCGAGGAACAACCUAUGCCUGUAAACCAUCAACAAGUGCUUGCCAGGUUGCAGAUGUUGGAACAACAGAUGGUAGGAGGAGAACAGGCCAAGAACAAGGACCUGAAAGAAAAGCAUAGAUGGCGAAAGAAAAUGGCAGAUGAGCGGAAGAAACAGCUGUUGGCAGCCCUACAGAAAUCGGAUGAGGACAGCAGUGACUGGGUCCUGCUCAACGUCUAUGACUCCAUCCAGGAAGAACUGCAUGCCAAAAGCAAAUUGCUGGAGAAGAUGAAGGAAAAGCUGCGGGUUGCUGAAACUGAAAUCAGAGAUCUCCAGUCAGAAUUUGAGCUAGAGAAGAUUGAUUAUCUAGCCACCAUCCGCCGCCAAGAUCGGGAACUCCUCCUUUAUCAGCAGCUCCUGGACCAAGUUCAACCACUCAUACGGCGGGACUGCAAUUAUAGCAGCUUUGAUAAAAUCAAGAGGGAGUCCACCUGGGAUGAGGAAUCAGGCUGCUGGAAAAUCCCAGAGCCUGUCAUUCAAAAGACAAGCCUCCCUGCAGCAGUGUCAUCAUUGUCACAGACCAAAACAGGCAGGAAGAAUUCAUCCUCGGAGAAUGGGGACACAAUCACAGUGCAGGAGGAAGACCGCUACAAGAUGAUGCUGAGCAAGAGCGACAGUGAGAAUAUUGCCAGUAACUAUUUUCGUUCAAAACGAGCAAGCCAGAUUCUCAGUACUGAUGCCAUGAAAAUUCUGGCUUCCCAUAACUCCCCCCUUCUGGUGACCUCCAGCUUGGCACCCAUCCCCUCUGCCCAAACAGUGGAGAUGCCCCAGCCGCGCCCCUUCCGCCUUGAAUCCUUGGACUUUUCUUCUCCAUCAGCCAAGACAAAACACAAGAAAAGCCGGAACAACUUGAACGGAGACCCUCUCUGACCGGCAGGUCACUCGUAAGCAGGGCGCGGUCAUUGCAAAAAGCAACCAAGCAAACCACCCCUUAGGCACAAAUCCUCCUGCAUCCAGAGGAUUUCGACAUGACCUUUAGUCUGGAACCCUUCCACUGGGCAAACUGACCCCGCUGUGAACCAAACUUUCCACAUAAGCAUCUGGCUCUGUGGAAGCUCAAUUUUCAUAAUCUUUCCACUUGUAAAAAGCAGGCUAGGGAGUGUGACAUCGUAUGGAACUACGCACUUCAUAUGGUUAACUGUUCAGAUGCUUUCUGCAUAAGUGGACAAAAGGCCUCGUGCCCCAUAACUGACACUUCAAAUUGUCUGUCUGGAUAAAAGGCACAAGUAUAAGACUUCAUGAGAGAUGGCCAUUUUAUCUUUCAGACGGUGGCAUUUGCUGGAGAGUUACGACUGAAGAAUCAGUGCAUAACAGUCCUAAUAAAAAGAUUCACCCCUCCAAAAGCCGUCCCCCAGUCCCCAUUGUCAAAUUUCAUGAGAGCAAUAAUAUAGCAAUCUUUCAUAAACUGUAAUUAUGACUGGCAUUCCUCUAUAAUUUUCUUAACGAGCAAGCACUGGAGGAAGACACUCAUGCAGUUCUCCAGGCCUGCCUUAGAUUCCUAGGGACAGCUCCCCCCCCACCCUCAAGAUAUUUUAUACAGUAAUUUGUACUUGAGAACUAAUCCAUGUAAGUAUCAGCCAACUCACAACUGACCUGAUUUUCACAAAAAUAAGAAACAUUUGUCUGGGCUCUACCAUAUCAGAUCUCAGACAGAGGCUCAGUAAUGGAACAGUCCUGUGAACUGUAGUUUACUCUGAAACAUUCCUGCGCACUAAAAAGUAAUUAAUAAAAUUCACUUCAUAUAGAAAAUGGACAUGCUCAGAGAGAAGGGCUUUUUGCCUAAUCUCUCUAACAUGGAUUGUUUCCCAUAUGCAAGGACUGUUUUCGUAUAUAGGAAGCAUUCCAUCCUGUGAGGCUCCCCCAUUGCCCAGACAGGCAAUACAUUUCUGUCAGAAUACACUUCUGCCUCAGUUCAAAUCAUAAAUCUGAUUUCCAGAGGGCGCCCCCC